GUUUCCGUGUUGGAGAACUAAGGCAUACAUACACUCGCCCAAGGAAGAGUGCCUGAGUGAGAGAGAGGAAUAUUGGUUGUCAGUUUGCUGUGUGACACAUACUGCCAAAACUCGGAAACAGCUGACUAAAACACACUGGGAAUAAAUAACAAAGGGCUACUGGAGUAAUCACGCCGGCAGUUCAGGGGGCAUGGAGAAUAGCACCUUGUCAAGACAUUAACAUGUGAAAGCUUGGAAGACAGUAGUACUGAAAGAGUGUGAAUGUGUGUGCCUGUGUUUUCUUUAAUUUGGUUUUGUCGACAUAAAUCUCUGUUGCGAGGAUGAAGAAAAUUAAGAAGGUGCUGGACGGCAUAGCAGCAGUUUCGUCGUCCUCGUCAGUGCAGCCUGGUAUAAAGGAGAAUGACAUCCAGGAGACACUUCAGUCCGAGCACUUCCAGCUCUGCAAGACUGUCCGCCAUGGGUUCCCAUACCAGCCUUCAUCCAUGGCUUUUGACCCAGUGCAGAAAAUCCUUGCAGUUGGUACACAGGCUGGAGCUCUGAGGCUCUUUGGUCGGCCAGGAGUUGAAUGCUACUGUCAGCAUGAAAGUGGGGCAGCAGUGAUCCAGCUCCAGUUCCUGAUUAAUGAGGGAGCCCUUGUGAGUGCCUUGACAGAUAAUAGCUUGCACCUCUGGAAUUUGCGUCAGAAGAGACCUGCCAUAUUGCAUUCCCUUAAGUUCAGCAAAGAAAGGAUAACCUUUUGCCAUCUGCCUUUCCAGAGUAAAUGGUUGUAUGUGGGCACCGAAAGAGGGAACAUACACAUUGUCAAUGUGGAGUCAUUUACUCUCUCAGGCUAUGUCAUUAUGUGGAAUAAAGCCAUUGAACUGUCCUCCAAAUCUCAUCCAGGACCUAUCGUCCAUAUCAGUGACAAUCCAAUGGAUGAAGGAAAGCUUCUCAUCGGCUUUGAAUCUGGAAUAGUUGUAUUGUGGGACCUGAAGUCCAAGAAAGCAGACUACAGAUACAAUUAUGAUGAGGCCAUCCAUUCUGUUGCUUGGCACCAUGAAGGAAAACAGUUUAUUUGUAGUCAUUCAGAUGGCACUUUGACCAUGUGGAAUGUAAGAUCCCCUGCCAGGCCUGCACAGAUAAUCACACCACAUGGAAAACAGCCAAAGGAUGGGAAGAAGCCAGAACCUUGUAAGCCUAUCUUGAAAGUGGAAUAUAGAACAAGCAGAUCAGGAGAUCCUUUCAUCAUUCUUUCUGGGGGGUUAUCUUAUGACACUGCAGGCAGAAGGCCUUGUUUAACAGUCAUGCAUGGGAAGAGUAUUGCAGUGCUCGAAAUGGACUAUCCCAUCGUUGAUUUCCUAACUCUUUGUGAAACACCAUACCCAAAUGAUUUCCAAGACCCAUAUGCUGUUGUUAUCCUUUUAGAGAAAGAUUUAGCUGUUAUUGAUCUUGAACAAAUUGGUUAUCCUAUAUUUGAGAACCCCUACCCAAUGAGUAUACACGAAUCCCCAGUUACUUGCUGCGAAUACUUUGCUGAUUGUCCAGCCGAGCUCAUUCCUGCACUUUAUUCUGUCGGAGUUAGACAAAAACGGCAAGGUUAUAGUAAAAAGGAAUGGCCCGUCAGUGGAGGUAACUGGGGUCUGGGUGCACAGAGUUAUGCAGAGUUGAUAAUCACAGGGCAUGCAGAUGGUUCAGUAAAGUUUUGGGAUGCCUCAGCAAUAACGCUGCAAAUGUUGUACAAGUUGAAAACGGCCAAGAUAUUUGAAAAAUGUCGAAAUAAAGAUGACAAACCAAACACGGAUAUAGUUGAUGAAGACCCAUAUGCCAUACAGAUCAUUUCAUGGCAUCCGGAGAGUCGGAUAUUGUGUGUAGCAGGAGUUUCUGCUCAUGUCAUGAUAUACAAGUUCAGCAAGCAGGAAGCUACAUCAGACAUCUCAAUGAUUGAAGUUCGAUUACAAUAUGAAACAAAUGACAUUGAGUCUCCAAAUGGUGAUCCAGUGCAACCACUGCUAACCCCUGGGACUAGCAGUACGAAUUCUCAGCCUGCUAUUCCACAGUCACAUCCGUCAACUAGCAGCAGUUCAUCUGAUGGUAUUCGAGAUAAUGUACCAUGCUUAAAGGUUAGAAGCAGCUCUCUCAAACAGUCUGUAGGAUACCAGAUUGAGCUAGUUGUUCAGCUGGUGUGGGUUAAUGGAGAACCUCCUCAACAAAUAACAAGUAUAGCUGUAAACUCUGCAUAUGAGCUCGUGGUUUUUGGCAACUGCAAUGGUAUCGCAAUAGUUGACUAUCUUCAGAAGACUAUCCUGUUGAACCUCUGCACCUUUGAGCUGUAUGGUUCUAAUGAUCCUUACCAGAGGCAACCAAAGUCACCCCGCAAAACUCGACAACCUUCUGGAGGUCUUUCUGAUAUUAAUGAAGGCUCUUCAACUUCAGAGGAUCGUUGUAAAUCACCUACUUCGGGUUCUGGCUCUCCUUACAAUUCUGAGGAUGAACAAAAAAUGGCUCAUUUUAUAGAAAAGGUGAGAAUCAUAAGCAAGCAGCUUUCCAAGACAUUAGCCAACGAUAUAGCAAAGAUGUCAAGGAAGUUAAGCUUGCCCACUGAGCUGAAGCCUGAACUUGUUAAAGAAAGUGGAGAGCAUCAAACUAAAGCUCACAAGAAGUAUUUGGCUAAUGAUGUUUCUCGUAAACAACAAAGGCGAAGCCAUGAAUUUGCAAGAUCAAAGUCAUACCCUAAUUUCAAUAUUCGAGAUAACUCCUUCAGUCGGUCUCGGAGUUCUAGUGUAACUAGCAUUGAUAAGGAGUCCAGAGAAGCAAUUUCAGCUCUUCAUUUCUGUGAAACAUUCACACGAAAGAAUGACACAUCAAUAUCGCCAUGUUUGUGGGUUGGAACAACACUGGGCACAGUACUAGUUAUUGCACUGAAUCUACCCCAAUCUGGAGAGCAGAGGCUUCUUCAACCUGUUAUUGUAUCUCCCAGUGGUACCAUCCUAAAACUUAAAGGUGCUAUUUUAAGAAUGGCUUUUCUAGAUGCUUCAGGAAGUUUAAUACCACCUGCUUAUGAGCCCUGGCAAGAACCUAAUGCUCCUGAAGAAAAGGACGAAAAGGACAAGCUGAAAAAACGACGGCCUGUCUCUGUGUCACCCUCAACCUCUCAGGAAAUAAGUGAAAAUCAGUAUGCAGUAAUAUGUUCUGAAAAACAAGCCGAAGUUGUUUCAUUGCCAUCUCAGAACUGCAUUCAUAAACAAAGUAUAACAGAAACAUCUUUUGUACUGCGAGCUGAUAUGGUGGCAAUGAGCAACAGUAUAUGCCUUGCAUGUUUUUGUGCCAAUGGACAUAUCAUGACAUUUGGUUUGCCAAGUUUGCGGCCAUUGCUAGAUGUGAAUUACUUGCCACUGACAGACAUGAGGAUAGCAAGAACAUUCUGCUUCACUAACAAUGGGCAGGCCUUGUAUCUAGUUUCACCUACUGAAAUUCAGCGAAUAACCUAUAGUCAAGAAACAUGUGAAAAUCUGCAGGAAAUGUUGGGUGAGCUGUUCACACCAGUUGAAACACCAGAAGCACCAAACAGAGGUUUCUUCAAAGGCUUAUUUGGAGGAGGCGCACAGUCACUUGACAGGGAAGAACUGUUUGGUGAGUCGGGAUCUGGAAAGCCAGUACGUAGUCUUGCCCAACAUAUCCCUGGUCCUGGAGGCAUCGAAGGAGUUAAAGGAGCAGCAUCUGGUGUAGUAUCAGAUCUGGCAAGGGCGAGACUUGCGCUAGAUGAAAGAGGACAAAAACUAGGCGAACUAGAUGAAAGGACGGCAGCUAUGCUUGCUAGUGCUGAGGCCUUUUCUAAACAUGCACAUGAUAUGAUGCUGAAGUACAAAGACAAGAAGUGGUACCAGUUUUGAUGGCUGACUUCUGAUGAGCUGUACUAGCUACAUCUGGAAGAAGAUGGACAGUUCCACAGUUUUCUUUUUUCCUGCAGGGUAAUGGUGGGGGAUUUCAGUGAGUACUGCUGUUUCCGAGCACAAAUCAUAACAGUUUUACCUCAGUCAUUUGGCUUUCACUGAGGAUGUGUGCUUGAGGGAGGGACUUAAAUAUUUGCCUUUUAUAAUUUUAUUUUCUUUCCAUUUUGACUGUGUGAAAUACAUCUGUUGUACAUAGCAGUGUGCACAGGGCAAAUGGACAGGGAGAGAGGAAUAUUUUUUUAGGUUUAAGCUUUUUGUAUGCCAAAACACUUUUUGCGCUUUGUCUCUGCUGCCAGUGUUUCAACCCUUGCAGGGCAAUAUUCAUGGAAGUCAAGCAACAAGAGGAAAAUGAAUGCCCACAACAGUAUUUUCUAAUGGUGACAACUAAUUGCUGUCCUUUUAAAAGCCUAACUGAUUAUGGCCUGCCUACACUGUUAAGAGACUGAGAGACAGAAAUACCCGUGAAUUACGGUUAUUUUCAUUUCUUACUUGUAGCCAGACUACAGUAGGACACCCUGAACAUGUUCUGUACCCAUUCUGUCCAGACUCUGAAAAACAAGAGAAUAAGUCAUUUCGGUAUUGAAACUGAAAUAAUGAAUUUAUUAAAUAAAUAAUACAGAGUAUUGCCUUGUAUGUAAUGAGAUUUCAUCAAUUUGGUGGAAUAGUAGUGAAUGAAGGUAAUCCACUGCCAUUUAAUGCAGCGACUUUAUUGUAAUUCCCCCAUAUAUUCACAACAUCAUUACUUUGUAACUUUUUUUUUUUCGGUUAAGUUAAAGGCAGUCUAUAACUAGAUUCUGCAUCGUUCAACUUGUUUUGACCAUUAAAAUUAUGUUUGAAUGGACUACAGACACUGAGAGAAAAAUGGAAGAUGAGCUUUGCUGCCAGCUAGAUCUUAACUAUUAAAUUUAUUUUGUCUAAUUUAAUUGUUUGAGAGCAUUUAUCAAAUUAUAACCAAAGAACAUUUUUGUGUGUAUAUCUGUGCCAAGUUAAAGUAAAAUUGGAUAUCUUCUAUGAUGUUUAGUGUUAGGUAUCUAAAUAAGGUUGCAUUACAGAAGUGAUAUGCUUUUUGUACAUUACUGUAUUUCAGAUCAAGAAAAUGUGUACAUAUCAAACUAUUUAAAUAAUUUUAAUCACAUAAACAUUUUCCAAAUCUGACUCUACAGCUGGUCAAAGGGAAUUACUUUUUUGUUCUUAAAUGAAGUUUAAGUACAAUGAACAAAUACUGGAUUGUAAUUUUAAAAAAGUUAAUGCUAGGCAUAAGUCUGAUGAGUGUAUUGCAGAAUUUCUUAGAGAAUUUGUGCAGUACCUCCAAAGUUGCAAGUGUCUAAAUAUCACUCCAUUGAAACAACAUUUCUUAUGCUAUUGCUCCUGGAACACAUGUUUAAAAAGUACAUUAUUAAAAAGUCAGCAAAUUUCUCAUUGA